AUGGCAGACGAAGAUUCCACAUCCCCAAAGCCAUUUCGGGUCAUUGUUAUUGGUGCCGGUAUUGUCGGCUUGUCGCUCUCACACGCUCUACAACUAGCCAAUAUCGAACAUGUCGUUCUCGAAAAGCACGACAAGAUUGUUUCACUAAAAGGCGCAGCGCUGAUUAUCUGGCCGGCUGUCGCACGUAUCUUCGACCAGUUUGGUAUUCUCGAUAGAAUCACCAAAACCACGUCGCCCGUCGAUGCCUCUUACAAACGAUGGCCAGACGGGAGUUUGAUCUGUCGCGAUGAUACUAUGCAGGCUGUGAGCAAACUCUUCAAAAUACCGAGCAUCCUGUUCGAUCGUCAGACUUGUGUGUCGCAUCUAUACGAAGGGCUCCCGGAUAAGUCCAAAAUUCACACCAGCAGCCGCCUUGAACGUAUCGAGCAAACUGACACGGGUGUUCGCGUCCACCUAACCGAUGGCUCUACCGAAGAAGGCGACAUGGUCAUCGGCGCAGACGGUGUACACAGUCAUGUUCGGAAGCUCAUGUGGGACCACGCCGACAAGUUCGAACCAGGCAGCAUACCCCAAACCGACAAAGAAGUCAUGUCCUUCGGCGAAUACAGAGGUUUAUUCGGCGUCAGCACGGUUCCAGACAAUGCUCAACUCGGUACCUCGAAUACAAACAUGAUACUUGGUCAGGACGUUACCAUGCUUCUAUUUUCGCAGAUGGGCAGAGCCAUGUGGGGUAUCACUUUCAAAGACGAAUUUCAAAAGGCAGAGCAGAAAGGUAAAGCUACUAAGGCAGAGAUUGAGGCGGUGGCGGAGAGAUUCGCCGAUCUUCCCAUGACAACCAAAAUCACUCUGGGUGAUGUAUGGAAGACAAACGAGCGACACGGUCUUCUCUACAUGACAGCCGACCUCGGCAUGGGCGCCAACAUAGCCGUCGAGUCCGCCGUCCACCUCUGCAACAUCCUGCACCGCGAAUUCGCCUCCAACCCCACUCGUCGUAUCUCCACCCCCGAUCUCGCCGCCUUGUUCGCCGAAUACCAAGCCGGUCGCCACGCACGAGCAAAGGAAUACGUCGAAACCAGCGGCAAGCUCACGCGCAUGAACAGCUACCAGUCACGCUUUAAUUACUUUUUUGCUGGGUAUCUGCACAAGUACAUUGUGCCGUCUCAGAAAGCGGGGCUCAUCGAAUCGCUGAGUGUGGCGCCCAAACUGGAUUAUGCCCCCACGAGGACGAUUGACGAGAGUGCUGAGGGGUGGCACUGGAUGGAGAAGCAAGAGAUGAAGAAAGGGAAGAAGGGUGGUUGGUUCAAGUACAUGGUCUUGACAUCGGUUGUGGGGGUGACUGCUGCGUAUAUGGCGCGUGCUGGGGUACCAGCGCUGCUGAUGAAGUUGACUGUGUAA